UAGCCAGGCAGCAUCCAAAUAUUUAAAUCCUGAUCCCCCCCUGUGUUCUUAAGUCUAGUAUAUCAUAAUAAUCACCUCAGUCGGCAACAUGACGGCUAACUGGGAGAUCAAGGCCAAGGCCAAAAGAGAGGCCAUCUUCAACUCCAUUCCAGAAAAGUGGCGCCUAGCCAAAGUGCCAACAGCCGAGGAACAGAAAGAUGUCACCGGCACUUAUGUUCAUCAGUUCCUUGACAAAGGCGAGAUUGAAAUCACCGAGACAGAUGCUGUUGGCAUCGCUGAAAAGGUAGCAUCGGGAGAAUGGACUGCCGUUGCUGUGACUGAAGCAUUCUGUCAUCGCGCAUCACUGGCCCAUCAACUCCUCAACUGCCUGCACGAGACAUUCUUCGACGCAGCACUGGCAUCUGCAAAGAAGCUCGAUGAGUAUUACGCAAAGAAUAAAAAGACCAUCGGACCUCUUCACGGAGUGCCAAUUUCAUUGAAGGAUCAAUUCCACAUUGAAAAUGUCGACACCACCAUGGGAUAUGUGGGCUGGAUCGACACUUUCCAAGGCGAUGCCAACGACCCAAGAAAGCGUAAAUACGAGAGUGAGAUGGUGAGAGAGUUGAGAGCCCUAGGCGCCGUCUUGUACUGUAAGACGAGUGUGCCACACACUUUAAUGAGUGGAGAGACUGUCAACAACAUCAUCGGAUAUACGUGGAACCCCAAGAACCGAUUCGUUACCUGUGGAGGCAGUUCUGGAGGCGAAGGUGCCUUGAUCGGAUUCAGAGGCUCGCCAGGUGGCUUUGGUACCGAUAUUGGUGGUUCCAUUAGAAUUCCCUCUGCUUUCAACGGUCUGUAUGGUCUCCGACCAACCUCAGGACGUCUACCGUACGAAGGCAUGGCCAACAGCAUGGACGGUCAAAACACCCUUCUCUCCGUCGUUGGACCCCUAGCCACUUCGGCUCGAACACUCAAACUGCUCACCAAAUCCCUCUUGUCUCAAACCCCAUGGCUCUACGAUCCACUGGUUGUCGACAUGCCAUGGCGUGACGCUCAAGAACAAGCAAUUCGUGAUGUUGUCAGCUCUGCCGCCUCAUCCAGUGGCCCAUUGAGUUUCGGCUACUUCAAGUCGGAUGGAGUGGUCAACCCUCAACCUCCCGUUGCACGAGCAGUGGAUAUGGUAGUGGAGGCGUUGAAAACGGCAGGUCACAAGAUCAUCGAGUGGAAGCCACCACCACACACCGAGCUUAUUGCUAUUGCGAUGAAACCAUGGCUUGCCGAUGGUGGAAAAGACGUCUACGACUCGUUCGCAUUAUCCGGAGAGCCCAUGUCGACUCAAAUCCAGAUGAGCUACGGCGGGGGUCCUCGGGAACAAUUGAAGGCAUCGGAAAUUGCAGCCGUCAACGUCGAAAAACGAGCAAUCCAGAAGAAAUACAUGGAUUACUGGAACAGCACUGCUGAAAUCACUGGCACAGGCCGACCCGUGGAUGGAGUCAUCUCACCCGUGGCUCCUUACCCAGCCGCCAGACAGUUGAAAUAUCUCUACUACGGCUACACUGUUUGGGUCAACGCCCUCGACUACACCUCGGUGGUCAUUCCCGUCACCCAAGGGGAUGCGGCCAAGGAUGUAUAUCCCAAGGACUACUCUCCAUUGAACGACCAGGACAAGCAAGUCUUUGACUCAUAUGAUGCCCAACUCUACCAGGACUCGCAUGUUGCUGUUCAGAUUGUGGGCAGGAGAUACACCGAGGAGAAGAUGAUUGCCAUUGCCGAAUACGUCGGUGGCUUGCUGGGGAAAUAGAUUGUUCAAGCUGCGUCAGUCAGAAAGAGUUGGUAGAUCUUCAAAGUGACGCCUAUAUUCGCAGAAGAUAUCGUGUUCUACCUGGUGUCUAUUUAGAUAGUCCUCAAUGCAUUAACGGCUGUUUGCAUGUGUAGACUGAGAACAGCGGUCACAAGAGCCAUGGCUGAAGUCAAAAGAACAAUGAAAAGUCGUAUGCCU